AAUGGGUAAAUUGGCCACAAGGACAUGUUGAGACUGAUUUUCACUAAACCACACGAAAACACCCGAAGGUACCGUAUUGAACUUCCAAAGAGAGAAGAGAGAUCAAAAGUGGACUGAAGCGGUUUUCUGGGUUGUGUGUUGGUCGCAAUAGUGGAGUGCGAUGGCUAUUGAUUGUUUAGUCAACAUUGUCACCACGAAAGGAGUCAGAUUGCGCCAUUUUUAAUAGGCAUAACAAGCUACCUGCUACCCACGGUUCUUCACUUUUUUGCACCAACCAACCAACCAACAGCAGCAUGAGCAAGCGAAGUGCCCAUGGCACUCACGUGUGGGUUCGCACGGACUUGAUCGAAGCCGUCCUACAUCACCAAGGGAAUCUUCCUGCUGGCUGGAAACCGGCAAGCACAACUAGCAGAAGGCAUGGGUCCACCAAUAUUACGGACUGGGGUUGGGCUCGAGCCCAGGUAUCCGGAGCCACAUCUCCUCUUCCUUCACCCGACAGAGGAAGCAAUGGUGAGCGAACUCCCUUUGGAUCAGUCAAACUACGCAAGACACAACAACAACAACAGCAGCAGCAAGAGGAUGAUAGUGAUGCUCCCAAAUUGGUGACGGCUUCGUUCAUGUUGGAUGACGAAGAAUUUGCACCUCAGCAUUUGCUCUAUGCACCCGUGUCAAUUACCUACGAUGCCAAAGACUCUUCGCUGGUGUGUAUGGCCAAUUCCUGGUGGCAUUCAGAAGGGGAAGAACCACCUGAAGAUUUGACCAACCUGUCUCAUUUGCACGAACCAGCCGUGGUCUUUUGUCUUCAACGACGAUAUGAGCAAGAUGCAAUCUACACCUACACGGGCAAAGUGCUGCUAGCUUUGAAUCCAUUUCGACCUGUGAACAACGUGUAUGGGGAACAUGUCAUGCAUCAGUACUGGAACAUGGUACUUGGACAUCGACCACCGCCUCAUGUAUACGCCAUUGCGGAAGAUGCCUAUCGGUCGUUGGUGAGAUCACUCCUGGACCAUUACGCAGAACCGCAUAUUUUUCGAUCAGGGCAAGAUCAAUCCAUUCUAGUAUCCGGUGAAUCAGGGGCUGGCAAAACCGUGACUACCAAGAUUGUCAUGCAGUAUCUGGCUACUUUAUCUCAAAACUCGGACAGAGAUCGGGACAACAGUAUUGAAGCACAAGUUCUGCAGUCCAACCCAAUCUUGGAAUCAUUUGGCAAUGCUAGAACUGUACGAAACGACAAUUCUUCCCGGUUUGGAAAAUUCAUUGAAAUUGAAUUCAAUUCAGCGGGGUCUUUGGUCUCGGCAUCUAUCACAACCUACUUGUUAGAGAAAGUACGGCUCAUCACACAGACACCAGGGGAACGCAACUAUCACAUAUUCUACGAAAUCUUGUCGGGGGUGACACAACGAGAACGACAACAGUUGCGAAUGGGGAACUUGUCAGCCUAUGAUUUCAACAUGACGGCUGCAUCUGGGACCUUUGAUAGACGAGAUGGAGUUGCUGAUCGAGACACAUUCAGGGCGUUAAGAGAAGCACUUGACACGGUGGGGUUUACACAGGAGGAACAGUUUGAAAUGUUCCGAGUUUGUGCUGCUUUGCUGCAUGCAUCCAAUCUUGGCUUUCAAGAGCACAAUGACGCCAGCGAACUAGAUUUGAUCAAUCCAUCCCUGCGGCAUGCUGUGGACUUGUUUGGAGUUUCUGCUAUUGGACUCAAUGAGGCCUGCUGUCGCUUUGCCAUUGAAGCGCGAGGUGAAACUCUAUACAAAAAUUUGUCCAUACUACAGGCCCAAAAAGCCAUGGAAGCCCUGAUCAAAGCAACCUACGAGGCCCUAUUUACCCACAUUGCCCGUCGAAUCAAUAGUUUCAUCACCGUUAGGGAUGAAUCAUCAGUGUCUAGCGGCAGAAACCGUGGCAACGAUGCGGCUACAGCGAGCAUUGGUGUGUUGGAUAUUUUCGGUUUUGAAUCGUUUGAAGAGAACAGCUUUGAGCAACUUUGCAUCAACUUUUGCAACGAGGCACUGCAGCAACAGUUCAACAAGUUUGUCUUCAAACAAGAACAGGACGAAUACAAACGAGAAGGGAUUGAAUGGUCUUUUAUUGCUUUUCCAGAUAAUCAGGAUGUUCUGGAUCUCAUUGAGAAGAAACGAGACGGUAUCAUAUCAAUACUCGAUGAGCAGUGCCGCCUCCAAAGAUGCACCGAUAGCUCCUUUGCCCGUGCUUUAUACGACAAGUGCUCCGAUCACGCCCGCUUCUCUGCCUCAAAAUCACAGCAGGUGAACUUGACCUUUUGUAUUCGACACUAUGCCGGGGAAGUGGAGUACAGUGCAGUCAACUUUCUGGAAAAGAACAAAGACGAACUACCCAAGGAGACAACAGAGCUACUACUUUACUCAUCAAACAAAUUCGUGACAAAACUUGCCCAGAUAUUGGCCGAGUCGACGGGCACCAAAUCAGACAAAACAAAUGUGCAGCAGAAAAGAUCCAUACCACGUUCAGCAAGUAAACGCGACAAUUCGAGUUCCUUAUUGCGAGAAAGCGUUGGUAGCCAGUUUAGCACUCAGCUGCGGGAUUUGCGGAGCCGUGUUGCUGAUACCGAGCCCCACUACGUUCGAUGUCUUAAGCCAAAUGACGACUUGAUACCCUACAACUUCCAGCCUCUGGUUAUCGCUGACCAGCUCCGAUGUGCAGGAGUUCUUGAAGCGAUUAGAGUGUCUCGAGUUGGGUUUCCUCAUCGGUAUUCGCAUCAAGACUUCGUUACCUUGUACUCUGUCCUCUGCAGAACAGAGCUUGAAAAAUACCAACACCAAUGUGAUGCCAGACAGUUGUGUGAGAUUCUUUGUACGGCGCUGAUUCCACCAAUCAAAAACCUCAUCCGCAACCAUGAAAACGAAGGGCACAAAGCUGUCGUCGAGCGUGACACAGAAACGAGUCCUACCUCGGCACGAUUCCUUGGCUUGCAAAUGGGGCGAUCGAAGGUGUUUAUCCGUCCCAAGACAUUUGAAGCACUUGAUCUUCUACGUGGGCAAAAAGUAGAAAAGGCUGCCAUCACCAUUCAAGCGGCUGCGAGAAUGUUCUUGGGUACAAUUCGGUAUGAAAUCUGUCAGAUUGCCACAAUCAUUAUGCAGGCUGCAGUUCGAAGAUUCUGCGCAGUUCGUCGUGCUUGGAGAAUUCGCCUCUUCCGCCGCGCUACCACAAUCCAGACGGCAUGGAGGACUUACUCAGCGCGUCGUAGAUUUUUUGCUGCGCUGAUCAUCUGCGGCUUCUGUCAAAGCGCAUACAGAGGAGCUGCUGCAAGAAGCCAAUGCCAUCGUUUUCUACUGGGCCGGCGAGCUGCGACGAUCCAGCGUUGCUGGCGCAGGAGUCGACACUACCCUGGCAAGCUGAGCUUUUAUGCGCUUAGAGGUGCUGCACUUACGCUACAAACAGCUCACCGAAGGAAAGCUGCAGAGCGCGUGCUGAAGCUACUCAAGGCAGAGGCGAAGGACCUGAGUUGCAUUGCGAAGGAAAGGGACAAAUUCCGAGAAGAGACUCGACGGUUGCGACUUGAACUGGAGCGAGCAAAACGCGAAGCCGAAGACAAGGGGAGAAUGUCAAAGGAAGUCGAGGUGAAACAACUGAAAAUGGAAGUCAAGCAACUCCGAGCGGAACUGGAAAGGGCAAAGAAUCUUCCGAUUUCACCAACGUUGAGUCAUGCGGACGAGCUGGGGGUUCUUGCCAAGGAAUGCGAGCUAAAGGAGCUGCAACUGAAGGGACUUCGGAGGGAUCUGUACAAGAACAAUAGCCAGUUCGGAAUGAGCCCUGCCAGCAAAGACGCAAUCGGCUCGAUAGGUAUCUCAUUUAGCAAUGACGGCAGUCUACAGGAGAAUGUAGAACCACCGAGACAACAAUCCACGAAAUCAUUGCGGAGUCCAGGUCGAUCGUCGACAGCUUCAUUCAGUCUGCUCGACGAAGACAACCCUGAGGAGUGCUAUCCGGACAAGAGCUUUGAAGAGAUGUCGAAUCCACAGGAUGAAGUCGGCUCGAAGUCGAACACCACGUCAACAGUGUCGCUUUCAUACUCUCAGAACACGCCGUUUCUUCGUGGAGAGGCAUUCUUUCGGGAGUUGAGGCGUCUUCACGAUGCGAUUCAUGGGAGCGACCUAUCCAGCCUUGAUGAAAUCCUCCGAUCAUCAGAUGAGGAACCGCAUGUCUUGAUCAACGAAGGCGACGAGAUUGGUCGAACGGCUUUGCAUGUUGCCGUGAUGAGCUCGAACCUGCUCAUGACACAGACGCUAUUGGACAAGGCUGCCAUUGCCAAUGCGCAGGACAAUGACGGAGAAACCCCGCUUCAUCUCGCGGAAUCUGCAUCAAUGACCAGUCUCCUCGUCAAGAACGGGCGAGCAAAUCCCAACAUCCCUAACGUGGAUGGAAUUUGCAGUUUGCACUUGGCAGUUCAACGAAGAGAUCUUGACUCAGUCAGAAGCUUGCUUUUGCACAAUGCAAACGUAAAUUCGGCAGACAAUGUGCGUUGGUUCACACCAUUGCACUUGAUCGCACUGCCACCCAGAGCUGGCGUAAAUGACGAUGGAGAUAUUCGUUGUCGAAUAGCUGAAUUGAUGGCCGGAGGAGCAUCCAGUCGAUACGAACCUGAUUUGAACUAUCAGGACAGCGAGGGCAACUGUCCCUUGCAUUACGCGGUGCAACUCGUGACUCCCGAUUCUUAUGACCUUGCCAAAGUCUUCCUCGAGAGCGGAGCAGACCCACAGGUGAUGAACAAUCGCAAACAAACCGCUUUGCACUUGAUUUGCCACAACACUGGUCUGAGACACUUCAAGUUCUAUCCUUCGCUGAUGAAAAUGAUACUUGGUCACGGAGCAGAUCCGAACCAGCAGUCCGCAGCGGGUUGUACAGCUCUCCAUUUGAGCCUGUAUCAUCGUGACAUUGACACUGCUGUGGAGUUGGUGACAAACGGUGCUCAAUUGCAUCCUCUCUGGAAAAAGCCAAAGCGAUGGGUAUCCUUUUGGGACGACAAGGGCUCGUCUGGAGUGCUGGCCCUGGACAUGGUGAAGAAGGAUUCUCAAUGCAGCCGUAUUCUGGCUGCUAUAUCCGUACCUCAAAAGUGGGCUCCUUCUCGCUCAUGGUGCAUGCAGUGCAAGUGCAAUCUAGGGACCUUUGCGAGAGCACUGCAUUGCCGGCACUGUGGUAGAUUUAUCUGCGGCGAUUGUACCUCGUCUGGUACUUUGGGUCCCGAGUAUUUUCCUGUUUCGUUUGAAACUGCCGAUAUAUCUCCAUUGUACGUUUGUACGCUGUGUGAAAAGAUUCUAAUGGCAAGAAAGGCGUCUGGGAACAAGACGGUCAAAUUGCCAGAGGAUAGCAAUUCGCAGGUGGCCUCAUCAGUCCAUUCAUCCUUGAUCAUGGACGAUCGCAAUAGUGGCCUGAUGGAGUUCUAAUAAUGGAGCUGUAAUGGAUUGUAAAUACUGCACAAAACUCUAGCUAGGUAAAUCGAUACUCAGUAGGUACCGGUAGUCUAGCGAGAGUAGACAAACUUUACAUCCGUAUAUCUAUAGAAACAGUCUGCAACAAUGCGGU